AAGUGAUUUAGGAAACAAAUAUCAAUGAGAAUCUAGAGUGAAAAUGACGGAUGGAGGAGAGGAUCGUUGGUGGGAUGAUUAUCAGGCUAGUACCAAGCUGAGGAGAAAACAAAGAUUUAGAACAUUAUCUUCAACCUCCUCCUCCUCCAAUCAGAAUGAAGACGAGAGCUUUGACGACUUACUUCUUGAUUUAGAUGAUAUUGUACGAAAUUCUGUUAGUUGUAGGACAGUCACUCAGUUGAUCGAUUCAAGUGGGUAUGAAACUGAUUUUGAAAACUCAGAACAAUUCAGGAGUGAGACAUCAACUCCAAAACCUGUUAUUGAAACUGAACCAGAAUCUGAGCUGGGAGAUAAUUCAUAUUUUAAACCUAUGGAAACUGCUCUGCAAACGGAACCAGAGCUUGAAAUUGAUAUUGAACCCAAACCUGAAGCUAAACUAGAACUAGAACAUGAAACUAAACCUGAUUCUAAACUAGAACCUGAAGCCAAACCUGAUUCUAAGCUAGAACCUGAAGCCAAACCUGAUUCUAAACUAGAACCUGAAACUAAUCCUGAACUAGAACCUGAAGCCAAACCUGAUUCUAAGCUAGAACAUGAAACUAAUCCUGAUUCUAAACUAGAACCUGAAACUAAUCCUGAUUCUAAACUAGAACCUAAAGCCAAACCUGAUUCUAAGCUAGAACAUGAAACUUAUCCUGAUUCUAAACUAGAACCUGAAACUAAUCCUGAUUCUAAACUAGAACCUAAAGCCAAACCUGAUUCUAAACUAGAAACUGAAGCCAAACCUGAUUCUAAGCUAGAACCUGAAGCUAAACCUGAUUCUAAACUAGAACAUGAAACUAAUCCUGAUUCUAAACUAGAACCUGAAGCUAAACCUGAUUCUAAACUAGAACAUGAAACUAAUCCUGAUUCUAAACUAGAACCUGAAGCUAAACCUGAUUCUAAGCUAGAACCUGAAGCUAAACCUGAUUCUAAACUAGAACCUGAAGCCAACACUGAUUCUAAACUAACACCUGAAGCCAACACUGAUUCUAAGCUAAAACCUGAAGCCAAACCUGAUUCUAAAUUAGAACCUGAAGCUAAACCUGAUUCUAAGCUAGAACCUGAAGCUAAACCUGAUUCUAAACUAGAACCUGAAGCCAACACUGAUUCUAAGCUAAAACCUGAAGCCAAACCUGAUUCUAAGCUAGAAUAUGAAGCUAAACCUGAUUCUAAGCUAGAGCCCGAAACUAAUCCUGAUUCUAAGCUAGAACCUGAAGCUAAACCUGAUUCUAAACUAGAACCUGAAGCCAACACUGAUUCUAAACUAACACCUGAAGUCAACCCUGAUUCUAAGCUAAAACCUGAAGCCAAACCUGAUUCUAAGCUAGAAUAUGAAGCUAAACCUGAUUCUAAGCUAGAGCCCGAAACUAAUCCUGGUUCUAAACUAGAACCUGAAGUCAACCAUGAUUCUAAACUAGAACCUAAAGCUAAUCCUGAAUCUAAACAUGAACCUGAAGCCAAACCUUUUUCUAAACUAGAAUCUGAUUCUAAACCUGAUUCUAAGCAAGAACCUGACGCUAAACCUGAUUCUAUCCUAGAAACAGAAUCUUUUGAACUUCAUCCUGAACUACGAUGCGGAGCAUAUACUUAUGAAGGUCCACAUGAGACAAAGCCGGAACCAGAAGCUAACCCAAAAACUGGGCAAGAAGUUAAACUAGUGGCUGAACCAGAAGCUGGACCUGAAUCUGAACCAGAGGCUAAACCUGAAGCUGAACCAGAAGCUGAAACUGAAGCUAAACCUGAAGCUAAACCAGAAACUGAACCAGAAACUAAACCAGAAGUUAAACCAGUAGCUGAACCAGAAACUGAACCAGUAGCUGAACCAGAAACUGAACAAGUGACUGAACCAGAAACUGAACCAGAAGCUGAACCAGAAACUGAACCAGUAGCUGAACCAGAAACUGAACCAGUAGCUGAACCAGAAACUGAACCAGUAGCUGAACCAGAAACUGAACCAGUAGCUGAACCAGAAGUUAAACCAGUAGCUGAACCAGAAAUUGAACCAGUAGCUGAACCAGAAACUGAACAAGUGGUUGAAUCAGAAACUGAACCAGUAGCUGAACCAGAAACUGAACCAGUAGCUGAACCAGAAACUGAACUAGUAGCUGAAUCAGCAACUGAACCAAUAGCUGAACCUGAACCUGAUUCUCAGACAAAGCUUGAAGCUGAAUAUGAUCUUGAAAAUACGCCCGAAAAGUAUUCUGAACUUGAACCGGAAAUUGAACCUAAAUAUGUACUUGAACCUAAAUCCAAACAGGAAACUGAACUUAAACCAGUACCUCAACCUCAACUUCAACCUGAAUUUGAACUUAAAUAUGAACUUGAACCUAAAUCCAAACCUGAAGCUGAACCUAAAGCUGAAACUGAACCUGAACUUCAACUUAAAUUUGUACCAGAACCUGAACCUAAGGCUGAAAUAAGACCAGAUGGUGAACCAAAGCCUGAACCUGAAACUGUAAUGAAACUUGAACCGGAGCCUAAACCUAAAACUGAAAAUGAGCAAAAAGAAGAGAGUUUUGAACCAAGAAAUGACCCAGAAAAAGUGGAAACACUUUUGGAAGAAUAUUCAUUUUCGAUUGCAGUAAAUGAAGCAAUCAAAGUAAAGAAAUCUGUAAUUCAUGAAACCAAAGCAAAAAAUAUUCAAGUUAAAGAAACAUUUCCAAGUGAAGGUUCAGAAGAUAGCAAUGAAGUACAGGCAUUUGAAAAAUUUCCAGCUGACCUUAUAAUUGGAAGGUUUGAGAAGGAAGCCGUAGGUAUUAAAUCAUUUGAUCAAUCUUGGACAGAAGUUAGAGAAAUAAAAGAUGAUCUUAAUGUGGAAAUGAUUGAGAAGAAAGCUGCCAAUGAAAAUUUAGUUGAAGGUGAAGUGAUAACUUCUAGCGAUUGUCAAACUGUUGAAACAGAAGAUCCUGAUCUAAGUUUGUCUGAGAUUGUGGAUGAAUCUGAAGUUGAUGAGACUACAGAGGUGUUUUAUGAUACUGAAUCUUCUGGAAAUAUUGUGAUUGUGACUUCGGAAGUUCAAGACAUAAACUAUGAAUUGGAAAUAGUAGAAGAGCUUGAAAAAGAUAAAGGAGAUGAGGUCUUUUAUGAUGCAUCCGAGGAUAAUCUUAAUUCUGAAGUUAGUACAAAAAAAACUGCCGGUGAAUAUAUUCGUGAUAUUGUUAUUGCCGAAUCUACUGUUGAAUCUACUAUUGAAUCUACCUGUAAAUCUACCGGUGAAACUACUGUUAAAUCUACUGGUGAAUCUACUGUUGAAUCUACUGUAGAAUAUACUACUGAAUCUACUGUAGAAUCUACUAGUGAAUCUUCUGUUGAAUGUUCUGGUAAAUCUACUAGUGAAUCUACUGCUGAAUCUACUGCUGAAUCUACUGGUGAAUCUACUAGUGAAUCUACUGCUGAAUAUACUGGUGAAUCUAAUGUUGAACCUGCUGUUGAAUCUACUGAUGAAUCUACUGUAGAAUCUACUGGUGAAUUUACUGGUGAAUCUUCAAGUGAAUAUACUGGUGAAUCUACUGUUGAACCUGCUGUUGAAUCUACUGAUGAAUCUACUGUAAAAUCUACUGGUGUACCUUCUGAAGAAUCUAAUAGUGAACCUACUGGAGAAUCUAAUAGUGAAACUACUAUAGAAUCUACUGGUGAAUCUACUGGUGAAUCUACUGUAGAAUCUACUGGUGAAUCUACUGGUGAAUCUACUGGAGAAUCUACGGAUACAUCUACUGUAGAAUCUACUGGUGAACCUACUGGAGAAUCUAAUAGUGAAUCUACAGGUGAAUCUACUGUUAAAUUUACUGAGGAAUCUACUGUAGAAUCUACUGGUGAAUCUACUUUAGAAUCUACUGGUGAAUCUACUGUUGAAUCUACUGGUGAACCUACUGGAAAAUCUACUGUUGAAUCUACUGUCAACUCUACUGGUGAAAAUACUGUUGAAUCUACUGGAGAAUCUACUUGUGAAUCUUCUGUUGGAUACACUGGUGAACCUACUGGAGAAUCUGCUGUUGAAUCUAUUGAUGAAUCUACUGGUGAAUUAACUGUUGAAUCUACUGGUGAGCCUACUGGUGAAUCUACUGUUGAAUCUACUGAUGAAUCUACUGUAGAAUCUACUGUUAAAUCUACUGGAGAAUCUGCUUUUGAAUCUACUGAUGAAUCUACUGGUGAAUCCAUUGUUGAAUCUACUGGUGAACCUACUGGAGAAUCUACUGUUGAAUCUACUGUCAAAUCUACUGGAGAAUCUACUGGUGAAUCUUCUGUUGAAUACACUGGUGAACCUACUGGAGAAUCUGCUGUUGAAUCUACUGAUGAAUCUACUAUAGAAUCUACUGGUGAAUAUACUGGUGAAUCUACUGGAGAGUCUACUGGUGAAUCUACUGUUGAAUCCACUGGUGAAUCUACUGGUAAAAUUAAUGCAGAAAUAUUAUGUGACGCUAUUAAAGAAGGAUCUCAAGACAAUCAUUUAAAUUUACAUUCCAAAAUUGAUAUUCAAGAAAACAUUCCAAAUGUCGGGCAGAUUGACACAGUUGGUUUAGUUUCAGACACAAAAAAAGAAUGUGAAGUUGAUGAUAUACGUGAAGAAAGUGAAGCUAAUAAUGUUUAUGAAGAGAGACUUAAUGCAACAGUUGAAAAUAAGAACAUUACUGAAAUUGUGGAUGAAAGCUUUAAUGAAACAGUUCAGGCAGUGGGUCAAAUUAAGGAUGAUUGGGAAGCUGGAUCGAUUUAUGAGCAAAAUUCUAAUGUUCUUGCCCCAAUUCUUAAGGGAGAGGGUGGAACAUUGUACAAAAAGGUGGAAACCAUUACUAUCAAUUUAGAAGGUGAAACUGAUACAACUGCAUUAGAAUGCUUUACUGAGAAGGCUGUGCAAAAGAUUGAAAGUUCAAAUGAAACCUAUUGUCUUGAAAAAGUGGAAGCAAUUAUAAAUAACAUAAACAAGAAUAUUAGCAGAAUAUGUAAACAUCCUCAGUUCCUUGAUAGCCCGGUAAACCUAGACAGUAUAAAGUUUAUAGUUGACGUGCUGGGUAGAUCUCCAGGGAUAUCUUCUCUGCUGGAGACACUCAGAUCAAGAAGUCUUGGAUAUCUCCAAACACCUCUCACUAAUGAAGAGCUUUAUUUUCUUUACUUUGAGAAUAUGGAUGAGCGGUGUCUGGGUUAG